AUGACUCCCCUGCACACAAGGCAGAAGAUGACGUGGGUCCCCAACAGCUUCCAGAAACGUGCCGGAGUGGACACAUCUAACAGGAAAGUCCCGCUGCUGGUUUUGAUGUUGCUGCUGUCUCAGCUGGCCUGUGAUGCUCACAGCGUGUCUGAGUGCUGCAGACGACCAUCUCGCUCCUGCCGCCUCUAUGUGUUGCUCUGUCGCUCCGGCACAGGCACCUCGGGAGGGCCGCUCACAGGAGAUGCGGCCGCUGGCAUCCUCACCCUGGGUAAACGUAAAGAAUAUGACGAUCGCCUGCAGAGCCGACUCCACCAGCUCCUCCACGGCUCCAGGAACCAAGCGGCUGGGAUCCUGACUAUGGGGAAGAGGACUGAGGAGAAGGCAGGAGAGCAGUACAUGGACUGGAUGGCUCAGUCAGGAUCUAGCAACACAACACCCCUGCCUGUUUGA